AGAAAGAGAGUGAGAGAGAGCGCUGGCACAGGCUGAACCAGGCGCUGGCUGUGUGGACACGGAGGAGUGCAGAGCGAACAGAAAUGACAGAGCAGGAGGAGGAGUGAAUGGAUGGAGUGACCCAGGAGGAGGAGAGGAAUGCUGAGCGAACAGACCGACAGAGAGCGAAAGGGAAGACGAGAGUGGCGUGGCAGCAACAGCAGAGCAAUUAAACAGUGGAAAGGCAAGCAAAGGCUCACAUGCCGAGCAGCUUCUGUCGCUCGCUCACACUCUCUCUCUUUUGAGCAACUGAAGAGGCAGAAGUGAAGCAUCCAGACAACGACAAAGGACAAGAGGAGGCACACAAGAGGCAGGGGGAGGAGCAAGCAUGCUUUGAUUGACAGAGGAAAGAGGAGGGACAUGGACGCAAAUUGAAGAUUUAGAUUUUCUGGGAAUGGAUAUUUUUUUGUGAAGAAAAAACAAAGGAGAAGAAGAUAAAGGAUGCCGUUUCAGUCUAAAAUAAGGAUGGAAAGGGGGAGGGGGAGAGAGAGAGUGAGAUGCUGAAUUCGGACCAUGUCAGAACAGAUUCCUCAUCAACGGCAUUCAUUCCUCCUGCAGGCAAGAAUCAAUGUGUGUGCGUAUGUGUGUGUGCGUGUGUGAACUAGCACGAAGUAUGAGGUUUGUAACACCAGGCUUUUGCCCAUGUGCCUGCCCCCGUAGUUGAGGACAGAGACACAUAGAUAUGGGAAGGAAAAAAGUCAAUAAUGUAUCACUGUCAAAGCUAGAGAAAAAAAGGCAACAAGACAAGAUGAGUGUGAUCGUGGGGUUGUGGGGUCAGCUGUAGCUAGUUUUUGGGAAGCCCUCCCUUCAGGGACUUAGGAAAAGGGUCGCCCGAGACAGUCUAUUUCUCCAACAGGUCAGCCUGCCUGGAGACUCUCUCAAAUCCUUAAUUCUUGUGGCUCAGCUGGCGCUGCCUCCCACUAUCCAUCUCUUUUUCAUUAUUCUCUCUUACAAUCUGUCUUGAAUCUAUUGAAUCUCUUCUCUUAUUAAGAUCACUUCGCAUGUAACUGCCUCAAUCUUUACGAUUCGCUUGCCUGAACUUCGGGAGAUUCUGGGAGAAGCUCAGAGGGAGAUUUCAGGCUGUCCCUAAAGCCAGACUGAGCACCCUGAUCAGAUGGACUGAGGGGGGAGUGAAAGAUAGAGCUAGAAAGAGAGAGCAACAAGGCAAAUAGCCUGGGGAUUUAGCCUGAGGGGUUAUAGAGAGUUGCCAGCGGGUAUGAAGACACAUACUGAAUUUUGGGUGCCUUAGGGAGCAGUGUGUUUGUGCAUGAAUGUGAUUAUUCAAUCAAGAAAUAAAGUUUGCAUACAUUUGAAAGGAUAUUAAAGUGGAAUUUUAAGUAGAGCUGGGGUUGUAUGUUUCAAUUAUACUUUGAGGAGUCCUGCAGGUGCUACAAUAAUACAUGACUUGAUAGCUGGACUCUGAACAUUAGAUUUGUAUUCACAAAGUAAGUGUUGUGGCUCUCUCCGUGCUCCUGGAGCCCCAUGAGGGCCCCGGCCGUGGAGGCCUGGUUGGGAGAUGAAGCCGACCGCCCUGCUGCUCUAGCAGCUUUGUGGGCCCUCAUGGCUCUGGAAGGCCGCUGUCUCCGCCCUGCCUCGCCCACACCGGGCCAACGCAGGGCCCGCCGUCGCCUCACCCAACCCGGAGCACCACAAGAUGAUCUGUCCCGCCUCACUGAAGCCCUCCUAGCAAGGGCUCACCUCCACGGAUUGCGGCACAUCUGCUCUCCGUCAAGCUCUCUCAGCCGACGGGUCUUUUGGAUGUUAGCCUUCUGUAUUUGUCUGGGUUUACUGUUGUCCUGGUCCUCGAAUCGGCUGCUUCACUGGCUGGCCUUCCCCACUCAUACAAGAGUCCACACAGAGUGGGCGAGAGAACUGCCUUUUCCCACUGUCACCAUCUGCAACAAUAACCCCGUACGUUUGUAUCACCUCACUAAGAGCGACCUGUACUUCGGGGGUCACUGGCUCGGACUGUUGCUGGCCAACCGCACGGCCAGACCCCUGGUGCUGGACCUGCUUCAAGAUGACAGACGGACAUGGUUUAGCAAGCUGUCAGAUUUCCGUCUUUUCCUGCCUCCACGGCGCUUCGAGGGCACCAGCUUGGAGUUCAUGGACCGACUGGGCCACCAGCUGGAGGAUAUGCUACUGGCCUGCAAGUACCGCGGAGAGCCCUGUGGAGCUCACAACUUCUCCACUGUGUUUACACGUUAUGGGAAGUGUUACAUGUUUAACGCUGCCGAAGAGGGGAAAACUUUGAGGACUACGAUGAAAGGAGGCACAGGCAACGGCCUGGAGAUCAUGCUGGACAUCCAGCAAGAUGAAUACCUGCCUGUUUGGGGAGAAACAGAAGAAACAGCAUUUGAGGCAGGAGUAAGGGUGCAGAUCCACAGUCAGGCGGAGCCUCCCUUUGUACAUGAGCUGGGCUUUGGAGUCGCCCCAGGCUUUCAAACCUUCGUGGCUACCCAGGAGCAAAGACUGACUUACCUUCCUCCUCCUUGGGGCGAGUGUGUGACCAGAGCCCUAGAUUCAGGCCUCUUUCAGGUGUACAGUGUGUCUGCCUGCCGUAUUGAGUGUGAGACGCGCUACAUCGUGGAAAACUGCAACUGCAGGAUGGUCUACAUGCCUGGUGAUUCUCCAUACUGCACUCCUGAACAGUACAAGGACUGUGCUGAACCUGCUCUGGCUGCUCUGUCAGCUGUUGAAGGCACAAACUGCAUCUGCAGGAGCCCCUGUAACAUGACUCGAUACAACAAAGAGCUUUCCAUGGUCAAGAUCCCCAGUAAAACCUCUGCACGCUACCUGGAGAAGAAGUUCAACCGGUCGGAGAAGUACAUAACGGACAAUAUCCUUGUUCUGGACGUGUUCUUUGAGGCUCUGAAUUAUGAGACCAUAGAGCAGAAGAAAGCGUACGAGGUGGCAGGUCUGCUAGGUGAUAUCGGUGGUCAGAUGGGCUUGUUUAUCGGUGCAAGUAUCCUGACCAUACUGGAGCUAUUUGAUUAUGCAUAUGAGGUGGUGAAGGAGAGACUGCAGGACCUGCUGAACCGAGAGGAGGAGGAAGAGAGUCAUGGGGAGGAUGUGAGUACCUGUGAUCCGGUGGUAAACCAUUCAGAAUCGAUUAGCCACACGGUCAGCGUUCCCCUCCAGACCACCCUGGGCACGCUAGAGGAGAUUGCCUGCUGAGCACCGUAACCCCUCCACACCAACAGGGGGAGCCGGCCGCUCCACUCUAAUGGGUUAAGGACAGAGUAAGAUGAGGGAACGUCUCUGUUGCUUUUUCUCGGCAUGUCAUCAUUUGGCACAAACAUGAGAACUGGAAGCCAAGGAGCUUCUCGAGAAACACGAGGACCGCAAAGCUUCUCACAAACACCAUCUGUUUGUUCUGGACUCAUGAAGGAAAGCAGAAGCUUGUGGACCCAUCAGGACAGUCACUUGUAAAAAUAAGACGAACAUGAAAACACGAGCAUGUGAGGAACUGCAGAUGUGCUCGGCCACGGCAUGCUCUCACGUUCUCUCUCUGCCCAGCCGCCAUUUCGAAGUCUACUGCCAAAACACUGUAAAUUAUUAACGGAGAAAAUGUUGUGAAACUGUUCUAACUGUGCAUGUGUCAGUUUCAUGCAUUACAAUACGGUUUUCUCAAACUUUUCAUCCUCUCUCACGUGUGGAGAUGGUUUUGUCUUCUUGUGCUGUUCGUUUGCUAUGUGUUUCUGCAUCUCAGUUGGCUUCUUGAUGUAUCACGGAUACAUCAUAAAACUGAGAGCUCCUUUCUUCUAUCCUUUUUAUUUUUCUAUCCUUCAUAGAAAAGCCGAAUGGCCCACAGUACAAUGGCAGCCAUUAUGAGCCCAUUGUGGCAGCGUAUGGUUCUUCUACAUGCUUUCUGGAUCCCAUUUGAAAAAAGAAGAACAACGAGAGUGCAGAAAAAAGUGUUUUUGUCACUUUCUGCAUAAGAGUAUAAGAAUAUAAGAGUAUAUACUGUAUAAGAGUAUACUUAACGUUUUUCUUUUUGUUAAUUGUGAGAGGUGUUGAUUUGUCAUUUAAAGCUGAUAAGAUCUCUCAUGCUUUUAAUUCAGCACUUUUCAGAGAUUUUGUUGACAGCCAUCAUGAUUCUGCUUUCCCAAAUAUCGUACGUGGGAUAUUUUCAUGCAUAUAAAGGAUCUAGAGGCUCUAGAGGUGUUCAUGGUGGUUUAUUAUGUGAGUUGUCGCUAUACUGUUGUCUAUGUCUCAUAAUGUCAGAGCUCUUCAUCUGUGCUGAAGUUUAUUAACACUGUAAUUGCCAUAUGUUAUCUGAUAUUUACUAUGUUCCCACUGUGUUCUUUGAUGAUGGAUGAUAGACAAUUCAAAGGUGUGAUUGUGUUCUUUUCUGCUCUCAAACUAAAUGUAAGGAUCUCAGAUCACUAUACAUCAGUAUGAAUGAAGCCUUUCAUUCUUCAACAUGUACAGUGUUUCAGCCAAAAUUCAUUAACUGAGGCAAAAUCAUUCAGAAUGUGCUUUGGCUGAAAAUAAUGAAAGGAGAACCAGUUCUGGGUGAUGAAAGUGAGCUUGAUUGCAUUUCUCAAAUUAACUUCCCUCAAUAUUCAAUUUAACAAAAUUGACCGGUGCAAAAUUCAGUCACAAAAUGAAAAGUAAAAUAAGAGCUUGUGUAUUAAAACUGUAGGUGAAGCUUCUGAAUAAAUUGUUUGGGGACAUGAAGACCUCUGGCAGACAAGAAAUGUGUUGACAAGCUCCUGAGAUCGACAUAUAAAUAAAUUAAAAAAAGUAUUUAAUCUGGUUUAUUAAGCAUAGGCUUUCGAACAUGACCUAGGGCCCCCUUGUCCAAUCAGAUUUGAGCUUAGAGGCAGUAUGCAAAUAUCUGUCAUAAAUAUCCAUGCUCAGAGAUUUUUCUUGGAGGAUUAUUAGUUAUUAUUAUUUUCAUGCCCCCCUUCCAGGGCAUCGGUAUCAAGAGCGUGAUUUGCACCUAUAUCAUAAUGUGAAAUGUAUUAAAUAAUAACAUUAAGAGCGGAAACAUUAUAAUUUUGCCACAGGGAAUAGAAUAAUGAAUGUGAGCCAUGGGUUGUUUGUGGCAUGUGAGAGAGCCAUGUUUUUGUGUUAAUACAGACACAUUGCUUAAUGUGUGUUAUAUUUUAUUCUAUAAAUAUAGUGAGCAAAAAGUCCAGUCUGGCCACUUUCCUGAUUUGCAAAGUAUCUGUGACCGAAUGUAAAUGUUUUUAGUUGUUUCAUUUGCAAUUCAGUUUGCGGAUCAAAUGUAAUAGGCUGUACAGGAUGAAUGUUUUAUCCUUAUUUGCCCUAAAAUGUGAUGAUUUUUUUUCUUAAUAUGUCAAAGAUAGAUCUGUAACCAUCAGAGGGUUUCAAGCACAUGCAAAAGAAAAAUAAAUCAAUAAAUCAAAAUAGGCUAACCAAUCAAGAACACACUACAAACGCAGAAACCCACAGCAUCUGUCCAUACAUACACAAAAGUGAAUUAAGAAGUUACUCAUAAUGUUAAACAGUAAUUAGGCAAACUCUUUCUUGCCAUGUGGACAAACACCAAAGGGGUGUCACAUCACCUUUCCUAUUUUCUCAUUAGGAGAAACCAGAGGGGUUGUUGGUUUCUAACUCCAAGGUAUACCUCAGACCUUAGAGAUAAAAACAAUAAAGUCUAAAUGGAUUACA